CGCAUUCAUUCGGCCAUCGCCGGCGCUCGCCAAGCAGCGAAACAGCGCCGCCCCGCUCCUCGUCGGCCACCUGCGGCGAUGUCGGCGGCGGCCACCUCGCGCGGCGCCCCCUCGCCCUCUCCCGCCUCCGGCCCCGGCGGCGGGGACGGGGAGAUAUCCUACGUGAGCUACGGCGGGGAGCAGCACCUGCCGCUGGUGAUGUCGCUGGUGGACGCGGAGCUCAGCGAGCCCUACUCCAUCUUCACCUACCGCUACUUCGUCUACCUCUGGCCGCAGCUCACCUUCCUCGCGUUCGAUGCCAAGGAGGGCAAGUGCGUGGGCACGGUGGUGUGCAAGAUGGGGGAGCACCGGGGCACCUUCAGGGGCUACAUCGCCAUGCUCGUCGUCCUCAAGCCCUACAGAGGAAGGGGAAUAGCAACUGAACUGGUUACUCGAUCUAUUCGGGUAAUGAUGGAAUCUGGCUGUGAGGAGGUGACACUUGAAGCAGAAGUUACAAAUAAGGGUGCCCUCGCUCUGUAUGGACGCCUGGGGUUCAUCCGAGCAAAGAGGCUGUAUAGAUACUAUCUUAAUGGUGUGGAUGCUUUUCGCCUGAAACUAUUGUUUCCACGCCCUGAUCCUGGCUUGCCUCCGAUGAUGAUUGGUGACGAAAGGGUUGACCAGCAGAUAGAUUCCCCCUACUUGUGACAGUACCCUUUUGAAUAGUUAGAAUGCGUUGGAGACCUGGAUUCUAACCCCUUUUGCACUUCUAUUUUCUACCUAUCACAACUCUCGUAUAACUGUAAGAAUGUUAUUUGUGCUUACAAACCUUUUUGAGGUAUUCUAUAUAUUUCUGCCCCUUUGUUAAGAAUA